AUGUGACCCUACAGGCGGAAAAAACGCAGCGCUCCCACCAGCAGGCGCUGGGGGAAGGGAAGCACGUGUAACCGGGGCAGGGUUGCAUCAGGAGCUCGCUCGGGUUUUCUGUUGCCCCCCUGGUUUUUCGAUUGCCUGUUAAUACCUCAGCGUCAGUCCUCACAAGCCCAAGGAGCCCGGGAGCAACGACGGGCAGGCUCAAGGGAAGGUCCCACCACGUCCUUUUGGUGGGCCUUGCAUGGCAACUGAUACAAAAUAAGGCAAAAUCUAUUCUGCUGAUUCACAAUUAUGGAGACUGUCAAGACUGCAAGUACUUGACAGCAGAGAUCACGCCUUAGGUUUCCUUUCGGCCCUGCACCAUAGCAAGCACACGGUAACUGAAGACAGAAAACAGGCCUAAAAAAUAAACCCUCGAAGGAAGAAGGGAUUUGCCUACGUUUGGCUCUGAGCAGGUCCCAGCAGACACUUGGCGUUUUAUAUGAUCGGAUGCUGGGGAGCCCACUGGUUCACAGGUCUACACAUGAAGUCAGCCUAAAGCGUUCUCACAGAAGGUGGCCCCCGCUUCGUAAAGACCUCAUCGCCGCGAGGUGAGGCUAAGAUGAGCAUAACCAGUGACGAGGUGAACUUUCUGGUGUAUCGCUAUCUCCAGGAGUCAGGUUUUUCGCACUCGGCGUUCACGUUCGGUAUCGAGAGCCACAUAAGCCAGUCCAACAUCAAUGGGACUCUCGUGCCGCCGGCUGCCCUCAUCUCCAUCCUGCAGAAGGGCCUGCAGUAUGUGGAGGCCGAGAUCAGCAUCAACGAGGACGGCACGGUGUUCGACGGCCGCCCGAUAGAGUCGCUGUCCCUGAUUGACGCGGUGAUGCCCGACGUAGUGCAGACGCGGCAGCAGGCCUUCCGGGAGAAGCUGGCGCAGCAGCAGGCCAGCGUGGCGGCGGCGGCGGCGGCGGCGGCCCCGGCGGCCCCGACGGCCCCGGCGGCCGUUUCCCAGCAGAACCCACCAAAGAACGGCGAGGCCACGGUGAACGGGGAAGAGAACGGAGCGCAUGCGAUAAAUAAUCAUUCGAAACCAAUGGAAAUAGACGGAGACGUGGAGAUUCCACCCAAUAAAGCCACCGUCCUUCGGGGCCAUGAGUCUGAGGUGUUCAUCUGUGCCUGGAACCCUGUCAGUGACCUCCUGGCUUCCGGAUCUGGAGAUUCAACCGCAAGGAUAUGGAACCUCAACGAAAACAGCAACGGGGGCUCCACGCAGCUCGUGCUGAGGCACUGUAUACGGGAGGGGGGGCAUGACGUCCCCAGUAACAAAGACGUCACCUCGCUGGACUGGAACAGUGACGGCACACUGUUGGCUACAGGUUCCUAUGAUGGUUUUGCAAGAAUAUGGACGGAAGACGGUAACCUGGCCAGCACCUUAGGCCAACAUAAAGGCCCCAUCUUUGCCUUGAAAUGGAACAAGAAGGGGAAUUACAUUUUGAGUGCUGGAGUAGACAAAACAACAAUAAUUUGGGAUGCCCACACAGGAGAGGCCAAACAGCAGUUUCCGUUUCAUUCCGCCCCUGCCCUUGACGUGGAUUGGCAGAACAACACUACCUUUGCUUCGUGUAGCACAGACAUGUGUAUCCACGUCUGCAGACUCGGCUGUGACCGCCCGGUCAAAACGUUCCAGGGACACACAAAUGAGGUCAAUGCCAUCAAAUGGGACCCUUCUGGGAUGUUGCUAGCAUCCUGCUCUGAUGACAUGACAUUAAAGAUCUGGAGUAUGAAGCAGGAUACGUGUGUUCAUGACCUUCAAGCUCACAGCAAAGAAAUAUAUACCAUAAAGUGGAGUCCCACCGGGCCAGCCACCAGCAACCCCAACUCCAACAUCAUGCUAGCAAGUGCUUCGUUCGACUCUACAGUUCGACUGUGGGACGUGGAGCGGGGUGUUUGCAUCCACACACUCACCAAACACCAGGAACCAGUCUAUAGUGUAGCUUUUAGCCCCGACGGGAAGCACUUGGCCAGCGGCUCCUUUGACAAGUGUGUGCACAUCUGGAACACUCAGAGCGGAAGUCUCGUCCACAGCUACCGAGGCACCGGCGGCAUCUUCGAGGUGUGCUGGAACGCCCGAGGGGACAAAGUGGGCGCCAGUGCGUCAGACGGCUCCGUGUGUGUCUUAGAUCUGCGAAAGUAACCACGAAGUAUUUUAGAAACAAGAAGAGAAUUCUAACGGACCAGCAGUGAAUGUGUGGGGUUGUAGCACUAUUCAAACACGAUUCUGUCAGCUCCGAAACUGUAUGAACUUGACCUUAGAGUGUACUUUGAAAUCAACUCAUCCCUGGCCACAGGAGUCUCUAUUUUUUUGUAAUCUUUAUCAAGAAGUUUAAAACAAAAACAUACACACAGUCAUAUCAAAGGGGGAAAAGAAUGGUUUCCACCUGGAACAUUCAGCCUGGGAAGCACGAAGCCACCAGCUAGACGGUGCACGGUUUGGUUUCCAUCCAGAACAGGCUCUGAUGGCUGAGAGGAAAAGAAAAAAAAAAAAACUGUGCCAAAAAGAAAAAGAAAAAAAAUGCUGUGAUAAACCAAAAGGGGGGUGGGGAAUUCCUCACGUGGUGGGUUUUUUUUUUUUUUCUUCAAAAAUUUGGACACUACAGUUACUCUCACCAGGAUGUUCAAAGACCAGUUUGUACGGAUGACACGGGCAGCUUUGUAAUCCCAACACUUUCUAUUUUCUAGACUCUUUGUCACGUGGUUUUUCUAUGGGCUGGAAUCCUGUCGUCUGGGGGCCUUGGGUCUGAGGUGGAAACUGUUUUGGGUUUGUUGCUUCUUUGCUGAUGUCGCCUGCCCCCUCCACCUCCUUCCUUCCUUCCUUCCUUCGUGGUCUUGAUUGGCAUCACGCCCUCACAGAGUCUCUGACAGGCGGGGCUUUCUCGCCCUCCCCUCCCCUCCCCCCCUCCCCCUCGCGCACUCUCUCCGCCCCUUCCUCAUAGUUGCUUCCCAUCUUAGGUCUCAAGGGCACUUUUGGCGCAUAAUAAGUGCUUUAUGUAAGAAGGCAGGGCAGGGGGACUUUUUACUGGAGGAAGAAAAAAAUAAGUGACUUAUAAGAGAAAGAACCCAGAGUAUUUUUGGAGAAAAAAAAAUAUUUUUAUGUUAAAACAAUUUUAAAAUCCUAAAAUGGCCAUCAGACAGAGAGAGCUUUGUGUGAUUCAUAUUUAAAAAAAAAAAAUAAAGUUUAGGAAGACACAGGCAGGGUCUGAGGUAGCUUUUUCCCUUCACUUUCAGCCUGUCGAGAGGCAGUGAGGAAUCUGUGUGGGAAGGGGCCAGCUCUGGGGUCGGCGUUGGGACUGUUCUACAGCAGAGAGGAAACUCCGGGCCCUUCCAGCUCGAAGACGACCUUGGCGUGUUUCAGGGUGUGUUGACCACAUAGUAGGCAGCAGGAGAGACCUGGAGAAGCGUGCCUUUGGACCCAAGAAGUGUUCCCAGGACCAGCGGCGUGAAAGGGGCCGUCACAGCCGUCCACUGGGCAGGAUGCCGCCUGGCAUCGUUCGGGCCGCGGGGCCACUUGUGGUCCCCCCACCAAGAGCACCUCGGCUGGUCCUUGCACAGCUGACGGGACGGGCUCCAGGAUCUCACUGGGUCUAAUAUCGACAAAAACGAACAGGGAGAGAGGUUUUUGGUCCUGAAGGUGAAUUCCGUAGGUAGAGUGUCACUAAUAAUUUCUGUCCCCUUCAUAGUUUCUUCCUCUUGCAACAGAGGAGGAGAAAGGUUUUCUUUUUGUAAUAAUGAAUCUUUUUACUGUUUUUAAAAAAUUAAACGUGGCUUUGUGUUCCUA